ACAAGAGAGACUCCGUCAGUGUUCAUCACAUCAGUGGGUGGGACACGUUCGAUUUCUCUGUCAGAGACUGUAAGAGAGUCAGUCACUCAAGAUGACGCACCAGUUCCCCACGCUCUCCGAGGCGCAGAAGAGGGAGCUGCAUGAGACUGCUCUACGCAUAGUUUCUCCAGGGAAGGGCAUCCUGGCUGCAGAUGAGUCUGUGGGCAGCAUGGCCAAGCGGCUGGCCCAGGUGGGAGUGGAGAACACGGAGCAGAACCGCAGGCAGUACCGGCAGAUUCUGUUCAGUGCAGACGAUCGCAUCAACAACUGCCUUGGCGGCAUCAUCUUCUUCCACGAGACGCUGUACCAGCACUCUGACAACGGCGUCCCCUUCGUCAAAAUGAGCAGGGACAGGGGGAUCCUGGUCGGUGUCAAGGUUGACAAGGGAGUCGUCCCCCUGGCAGGAACUUGUGGGGAAACCACCACACAGGGGCUGGAUGGUUUGUCGGAGCGCUGUGCACAGUAUAAGAAGGAUGGAGCGCUGUUUGCAAAGUGGCGCUGCGUGCUGAAGAUCAGUGACACCAAUCCAUCUAAACUGGCAAUCACAGAAAAUGCAAACGUUCUUGCACGCUACUCUAGUAUCUGCCAGCAGCAUGGUAUUGUGCCCAUCAUAGAGCCAGAGAUCCUGCCAGAUGGAGAUCAUGACCUGAAACGCUGCCAGUACGUCACUGAGAAGGUCCUGGCUGCCGUGUACAAAGCCAUGUCGGACCACCACGUGUACCUGGAAGGCACCCUCCUCAAACCCAACAUGGUGACACCUGGACACAGUUGUUCCACCAAGUACAGCCCGGAGGAGGUUGCUAUGGCGUCCCUCACCGCCUUGCGCCGCACCGUUCCUCCGGCGGUCACAGGAGUGGCUUUUCUCUCAGGCGGGCAGAGUGAGGAGGAGGCCUCUGUCCACCUCAACGCCAUCAACAACUGCCCUCUGGCCAAACCCUGGAUCCUGACCUUCUCCUUUGGCCGAGCCCUGCAGGCGUCCGCACUCCGAGCCUGGAGAGGACACAAAGAGAAUGAGAAAGCCGCCACUGAGCAGUUCAUCAAGAGAGCCGAGGUGAACAGCCUGGCAUGUCAGGGGAAGUACACAGGUGGAGAUAACUGUGGUGAAGCUCACCAGUGUAAUUAUGGAUCCUGUUACGCAUACUGAACGAUAUGAGAAGCCAUAUUUACGUUAGCAUUGCCAUAAUAAAACAUUUCACAGAGGAGCUGUCAUGUAGCUUCUAGGUACAAUAUUUCUCAUGAGGAUGUUGCAUGAAAACAAGGCAGCAGAUUUUCUUGCCUUGACAAAUGAGGACAAUCAGGACAUGGCCUUGGAUACUUCAAAUAAAUGAUGUACUGGAUGAAAGAUGUUUGCUUUACAUUUGUGAGUGAUAAACAGUAUGGUCUUAACUUUGGCUGAGCCAUAAUUAAAGCUUUAAAAUCCUGCAUUUAAUACUUAGUUUUGCAACUGCUAACUGGCCAUUUCCUGUAGGUAAAUUGAAAUGAACCCGCAGAAGAAGAAUAUUAGUUUCUGUCACAGCUGAAGGUCUGAUGUAGAAUUCCCCACAUGUUACGUGGAAGUUUGUCUGUGUAGAUUUCUCCUUGUUUAGUUUUACUAUUUAUUUAGCCGUGAACACGCACUCUUAGAAUUACUGCACCAGAUUAACUUCAGGCUAAUUUUCAUCUGAAAGUCCUUGGGCAAAAAGUAGGCUACUCUCAGCAGAACAAUAAAACACAACUUUGUGAUUAUGGUGUGUUAUCAUUCUAAAGAAUAUUCUUUGUGUCCUAAAGUCUAAAUGAAAUAGUUCAAAUGAAUGUAUUCAAACAAUAAAUCAGUGCUUGGGCAAAGUCUGAUAUUGUGUUUUUAUGCUU